AUGGGGAAAAUUCUGAACGAAGAAUCGAAAGGCGACGUUUGGAAAGAGGAAAGAGUCGAGAGAAAACAUGUGCCACCACAUGUUACAAAUAUCGGUGCAACAGGCUCACAAAUCCGCGUCCCAAGCGUUCCAUUGCCUGUUCAACAUUCUCAUCCACAACCUAUCAACCUUCAAAAACCGCAAAAUCUUCCCCAAUCUCAACGAUCUCCUUCAACUCCUGAUGCUCAUUAUUAUCAAGGAUUUGUCAAAGACAUUCGACAAAUCUACUCCCAACCAAAUCCAGUGAAAUGGGAAAGAAGUCAAUCAGUCGGAAACAUUUACGAAGUUCCAAGAGGGAAUCCUCGUCUAAAUCAAUCGAAACGAGAGACGCAACCGAUUGUGAUCGAGAAAUUGGAUCGACCAGUCUCUACUCCAAAUGUGACACGAACCGAAACUGUGACAACACCGACAUUCGUGAAACAAUCAACGAGCAGUCAUGUGGAUACACCGGCAAGAGAAACAUUCAGUGCAACGAGUCCAGCUCGGCUGAUGAGUCCCCGAAGAUUGGAGAGUCCUCGGCCAAGACCCGUUGAUUUGAGUUCCCUCAGAGCUGAUCGCGAGUAUCGAGGAUUGAGCGAAGAAAUCGCUCGAUCCAAUGCCCAAUAUAUUGAUGAAACGACUCAACAUUAUCAUGAACACCGUCAACACCAUGAAGUACACCGAGUGAAGAAGCUCAUCAUCAUCAGGAUCAUCACCACCAUCAACAUGUUCACCAUCAACAUGCUCACCUUCAACAUGUUCACCAUCAUCCAGAGACAAGAGUUGAACAAUGAACCGCAUGAUUCCCAUCACCAUCACCAUACCGAUUACAAACAUUUGAAUGGGCACUCGAAAAUGAGUGACGAAGAACGAUUCGUGAUCAUUGACCCAAACCGUUUGUGGAAGCGACUUAUGAGGCUGUUGAGGCGGAAAGGGACCCCAAAUUUGGAGGUAAAGGAGAGUCCGAAUAACAAGCUCACACCAACUGAGGGAGGAAAAUGGCAAGUGGAAAGAUAUGAAGAUGAGGAUGUUGAAAGAGAACAAUUCCUGUAUUUCAAGGACAUGUCAUGCAUGAUGGAAGAGAGA